AGAGAAAAGUGCCAAGGAGUUGAAUUUGGAAAAUGCUUUUGGCAUUCUUUUAGUUCGAUUUCGUUUGCGGCCGUCGACUGACUGACGGUUCCAACACUAUAGCCGGAAAAACCGCCACAAACAAUUCCGAAACCAAAAAGAAAAAUUGAAAAUAACUCGGGGAAAAUUUUAACCGCAAAACUGUGUGAAUCGAAAAGACGCGUGUUUACAUUUAAUUUCGUUACGUGCUUGGGCCAAACAAAAUAUGUAAAAGCCAUUUGAAAGGAAAUAAAAUAUACAUUUAUUUAUUUUGAGGAUAUAUAUUUGAAUUUUCGGAUAUACAUACGUAUGCGAGCGUGUGUUUUAUAUUUAAAUAGCGUGUAGAUCGCUUCAAUUGACGUGCCGAGUGACGACGAUGAGCAGGGUUAUAUAGAACCUCUUGGCUUUAAUUAUUUUAUAAAACCAUCAAAUUAAGAAAAUCCCAAAUCCGCAUAAACUUUGGUAGCUGGAAAAACAAAUUUCACAAUUUUCAAAACAAUGCGGCAGUAUUUCCUUUUGUUUGGCGCGCUCAUCUCGCUGCUGGCCUCAGCUUACGGCAUCAAGUGCUACGCCUGCGAAUCCGUCUACGAGGCAAGUUGUGGCGAGGACUUCGAAGUGGAGAAUCAUUUCAAAUACGACUGUGCCUUCAUAGCCCCACCGCGGUUCCUGGAGAACGAUCUGAGUAGUCCGAAUGCCACGGCUUGUUUAAAGCGGGUCUUUAAGGAAAAUGGCGUACGGAAGAUCGUCAGAGGAUGCUAUUUCGGUGAGACAAAUGCCACCGAUGGAUGCCGGAUGGAUCCCACACUGAUCGCCGUCCAGAAUGCCACCUGUCAUGUGUGCGACAAUGAGAACUAUUGCAAUGCAGCGGAUGCACUACAUCGGAAAAUCUUCUCCAGUAUUCUAUUGUUUCUCUUGGCUACACAACUCCUCUGAUGAGAUGGAUCAAUGAAAAUGCAAAAUAAAAGGCAAACCACACCAGACACACACACACCCAAAGCUUAGUUCAAUUUAGAUAGAUUUUCUAGAAUUUCCCAAGCAACAUGUAGUAGCACCACCAGCCAUUUAGGACUAAUUAGACGCGAAUCUGCUCCACUGUGUGCUAAUGGUCAAUCAGGGGGCAAACAGGGCGUAUGAGCAAUAUUAGCGGACAUGAGCCGAAAAGCUGGCAAACAAAACACAAACGCGAUCCGAAUAGAAAACUAAUAAA